UUUCUCCUCCUCCAGUAGCUGCUCACACACCAAACCUUAACAUUUGUGCUGUUAGGAGCAAAGACAGCACGGCAUUCCCAUUGAUCAUGCACCCGGCUUUCUUCUCGCUCAUCCUGAUUGCCGUACAUGUGUGUGUACCGGUGGAUUGUGCACCGAGGCUCCGGGACCCAGAGCAACUUCUACAACAUCAGCAGAGCAGCUUCAACACGGAGGCACAUGUGGAAACAUCUGCUGGGACGGGACGUUUCUACUUGGAACUGAGUGGAUCAAUGAGCAAAGGCAGUCACAGAGACUUUAUGGUUAUCUUGCCAGUAAGAAAAGAUUCAGGCAACUUUGUGUCUAUAUUUGACUUGAGAAGAAAACGCUUCCUCUGCAUGGACUCAAACGGAGAGCUGUACAACUCUAGGCAAAAAAACAGAGAAGACUGUCUCUUCCAGCGCAUUUGGUUAGAUGUGGUGAACCACCGUGAUGUGUUUUACUCUACAAGUGGGGGCCGGCUGCUCAAACUGGAGGGAGCUGAGCUGCGAGUUGCUCACCAGGAGCCGCCUGAACCCGCCUCAGCCCUGGUGAAGAGGCUCCUGGGUCCCUUGGUGAAGAGACAGAGGAGGAGCGAGGAGGUGAACCCCUCGGAUCCAUUACAAUCACAGUCACAUCCCUCACAUCCUGCCACGGAUCACAAGGACGCAGAUCACGGGCAGCCUGAGCAGGACCAGGCCAGUGCUGUGUCCAAAGAGACCAUCACCUCCUGUGACGACCCCCUGCGGGUCUUACAGUCCAACGGACCUGUCAGUCCUGUCAAGACUAAUAUUGCAGACCGGGCAGAACAAGACUAAGAUACUGAACUUGGGUUUAAUGAGUGAAAUGUCAAAGAAGGGCUGCAGGUCUUCAUGUUUGUUCUGAAAUCUCACUUCAUGUUUGACUGCUUGGUCAGAGUAGAUACUGCAUUUGUGGACUGCAGUGUGAGUGAGAGCCGCACAAUGACAUACAAGGGUCAUUUCUUACACAGGAAAGCAUUCGAGAUUUUACAACUUCUGAGAAAAGAGACCGCAUUUUAUAAAAACUUUCAAUCAAAAUGUUCAGAAUUUGUUUUUACGGUACCAUUACGCUCGGUAAUGUACUCACAAACCGUGUUACAUCACAGCAGCUUGUACAGACCCUCUGUUUGAACAGCAGACGAAGGAUAAGUUUGGCAACAUUCUACAUAAUCAUGCAGCAAGUUUGGUCCAGCGUCGGUCCUGCUGUCCUUUAACCUCUAUUGUCAGUUAAAUUUUAAACCUCGGGCCAGAUGUGGCAAUGUUUGUUUUGCAUAUGUAAAAGUGUGUAAUCUGUAAGUAAUUAUGAAUAUUUAUACAUACAUGUGUUGAUACAGUAAAGCUUCAUGACAGGAGUUUACAAACUUAACAAAAAUAGACCAGCGCAUAAUGAAAAAAAAUAAAAUAACAUCUGCUAUUUGUUUGUAGCCAUAACAUAGAUAUAAACAGGAUCAAAUAAUGUCAGGUGCCGGACACCAGUAG